AUGGAUGACUGGGAAGAAGAUCAGAGUCCCGUUGUGUCUAGCAGCUCAGGAUUUGGAGGUACUGGAAAUGACAAGUCAAACAGUGAAGGUACUGAAGGUGGCUCGUGGAAAAUGACUGGUGAUUCAUUCAGGGGCAGAGGCAGGGGAGGAUCACGAGGAGGCAGAGGAGGCUUCAGCAAUUCUUUUAAAUCAGGAAGAGGUCGUGGUGGUUUCCGUGGUGGUUUUCGCAGUGGUUCCCGUGAUGAAAAUGAUGAAAAUGGAAAUGAGGAUGGUUGGAAAGGGAGUGAAAGCCAAGGAAGAGGUCGAGGUGGUUUCCGGGGUGGUUUUCAUGGAGGUUUUUGUGAUGGUGGUAAUGAAGACACUGGGAGAAGAGGCUUUGGAAGAGAAAAUAAUGAAAACGGGAACUAUGAGGGAGAAGGCAGAGGAAGAGGUCGUGGUGGUUUCCGGGGUGGUUUUCGUGAUGGUGGUGAUGAUGAGAGUGGAAAAAGAGGCUUUGGAAGAGGAGGUUUUAGAGGCCGGAAUGAGGAAGUGUUUUCCAAGGUCACAACUGCAGACAAGUUGGAUCAAGAAGCAACUGAAAAUAUAGGACCCAAGGUUGUCUAUGUGCCCCCUCCUCCUCCAGAAGAGGAGAGCUCUAUAUUCUCCCAUUAUGCAACGGGCAUUAAUUUUGACAAAUAUGAUGAUAUUCUUGUGGACGUGAGUGGUAGCAAUCCUCCAAAAGCUAUUAUGACUUUUGAGGAAGCAGGACUUUGUGAUUCACUUAGCAAAAAUGUAUCAAAGUCUGGAUAUGUGAAGCCUACACCUGUUCAGAAACAUGGCAUCCCCAUCAUUUCAGCUGGAAGGGAUCUAAUGGCUUGUGCUCAGACUGGAUCAGGAAAAACGGCGGCCUUCCUGCUGCCCAUCCUACAGCGACUUAUGACUGACGGUGUGGCAGCCAGCAAGUUCAGUGAGGUACAGGAGCCUGAGGUCAUAAUCGUGGCUCCCACCAGAGAACUCAUCAAUCAGAUCUAUCUGGAAGCCAGGAAGUUUGCAUAUGGGACCUGUGUACGUCCUGUUGUGGUUUAUGGAGGUAUAAAUACUGGAUAUACUAUCCGAGAGGUGUUAAAGGGCUGCAAUGUUUUGUGUGCUACUCCUGGAAGAUUGCAUGAUCUCAUUGGUCGUGGAAAGGUUGGCCUGUGUAAAGUGCGCUAUCUAGUUCUGGAUGAAGCAGACAGAAUGCUGGACAUGGGUUUUGAGCCAGAAAUGCGCAAACUGGUGGCGUCUCCUGGUAUGCCUUCAAAAGAAGAAAGACAAACCCUCAUGUUCAGUGCCACCUACCCUGAGGAUAUUCAAAGAAUGGCUGCUGACUUUCUUAAAGUGGACUAUAUUUUCCUUGCUGUCGGUGUGGUGGGUGGAGCAUGCAGUGAUGUGGAGCAAACCAUUGUUCAGGUGGACCAGUACUCAAAGAGAGACCAGCUGCUUGAAUUGCUCAGAGCAACAGGAAAUGAACGCACCAUGGUUUUUGUUGAAACCAAAAGAAGUGCUGAUUUCAUAGCAACAUUUCUAUGUCAAGAGAAGAUCUCAACCACAAGCAUCCAUGGUGAUCGGGAACAGCGAGAGCGAGAGAAAGCUCUCAGUGAUUUUCGCCUUGGCCAGUGUCCGGUUCUGGUCGCCACAUCUGUCGCUGCUAGAGGCCUGGAUAUUGAGCAAGUCCAGCAUGUUGUGAAUUUCGACAUGCCCAGCAGCAUCGAUGAGUAUGUCCAUCGCAUAGGAAGAACUGGACGCUGUGGGAACACCGGUCGGGCCAUGUCCUUUUUUAACCCAGAGUCAGACACUCCUCUAGCUCGCUCUCUGGUCAAAGUGCUUUCAGGGGCCCAACAAGUAGUUCCAAAAUGGCUGGAGGAAGUUGCCUUUAGUGCUCAUGGGACAACAGGCUUCAACCCACGUGGGAACGUGUUUGCAUCUACUGACUCUCGGAAGGGAGGAUCCUUCAAGAGCAAUGAGCCGCCACCAUCACAAACCUCUGCCCCGAGCGCAGCAACUGCUGCAGACGAUGAGGAAUGGGAAUAAAUGCUCACACCUUUUGUUAUAUUUAUUGUUUUUAUUUUAUUUGUGCAAGUUUCUUUUAUUACCAUUUCAGUAUAUUUGUUAGUGUUGAAUGACUAAGGUAGCAUUAGGAUACAGCUGUUAUAUUUAGUCACAUUGAAUGCUGUAGGUUUGAUCUCAAGGACCAUAAUCAAGACUAAUACCUUUUAGCAGUUUGAUUUGAUCAUCUUUUUGGUAUCACUCGUUUUGACUGGAGCACAACUGAAUUAGUGGAUUUGUUUUACUAGAGCACAACUGCAGUAGUGGGUGGGUUUAACAAUCACAUUUUAACACUCUGCUAGGAGUGUAUUGAGUUUUGUAAGCUUUGGCCUAAAGGUGUUUCCUACAGUUAUACCCGUUAAUCAGUUCUGUUGUUAAAUGUGACGGUUUGUUGGUUAUUUUUCCGUCUUAAAGCCAGAGUAUAGGACAAGAAAGUUCUUUUGCUUAUGUACCUUGCCAGAGAAAGGUAGCUAAUGUCAUUGUUUAACAGACAUCUCUUUAAUUUUAAAGUCAAAAUGUUGAUAAAAUUCAGUCAAGAUGCAGUGACUGACUGUAAUGGAGCGGUGCUUCCUCACUAGCUGAAGUGGCUCAAAAUAAAGAUGGAUA